GAGCGCGGGAGGCCCCCGGGGCGGCGGGCGUCAUGUCGGUGAGCGAGAUGUUCAUCGCGCUGCAGGGCGCGCUCACCGCCGACCAGGACAUCCGCGAGGAGAUCCGGAGGGAGGUGCAGGCGCUGGAGCAGACGGCGCGGGAGAUCCUGACGCUGCUGCAGGGCGUGCACCAGGGCGCCGGCUGCCAGGAGAUAUCAAAGAAAUGUCAGAAGGCUCGUGAACACUUUGGUACAGUCAGAACACAGCUGGAGUCUCUGAAGACCAAGUUUCCUGCUGAUCAGUAUUACAGAUUUCACGAGCACUGGCGGUUUGUGCUUCAGAGGUUGGUGUUUCUGGCAGCAUUUGUUGUCUACUUGGAGUCAGAAACAUUAGUGACCCGAGAGGCUGUUGCAGAAAUACUUGGGAUUGAAGCUGAUCGAGAGCGGGGCUUUCACCUGGACAUUGAAGACUAUCUUUCUGGUGUAUUAACUCUUGCCAGCGAGCUGUCCAGGCUGGCAGUGAACAGUGUCACAGCUGGAGACUAUUCUCGCCCUCUCCGCAUCUCAGCCUUUAUCAACGAGCUGGAUUCCGGCUUCCGGCUCCUCAACCUGAAGAACGACUCCCUGAGGAAACGCUACGACGGCCUGAAAUACGACGUCAAGAAGACCGAGGAAGUGGUUUACGACUUGUCGAUCAGAGGACUCAAUAAGGAGGCAACGGUUGGUGUGGGUGGAGAGAAGUGAAGGAUGCUCAGUUUAACAGCAUCCCUGAUUACCUCAGAUGGUUGCCAAUCCGGGAGGCUCGCUAGCAAAGCCUUCCCACGUAGUUUAGAAGAACUGCAGCUGAAAGCUGCUCUCUAUUUUCUUACCGGUGGUGUAGUACGGGUGUUAGAUCUCACAUGUUUUGUAAAAUCAUGUCCAGAUUAGGGCAGGAGGCUCCCUGUUCCCAGUGGAAUUCCUCUGUCAGAACACGGUGCUGUUCUGUGCACAGCAGCAAUAGCCAUUAGUAACUCCCAUGAGCUGAAAUUCCCAUUAGUUCUGUAGUGCUGCCACUGCUCUGGCAGUGCUGUGCUGCCACUGCCCCCUCACACACCUGCACAGGUGUGCACAGCACACAGCCCAGCACAGGCACACGGUGUGUUUUGGAAAACCCAGGCUGUAAACACUUGUACUUUUUUUAAGACACUGGUUUUUGCCUUUUUGUUUCUUGUAUUUUCACCUGUGUCAGUAAGUUGAACAGAUCUGCAUAACUGUUUAAUAACCACAUCUUUUUAAAAUGGCUUCUGUUAGCGUAUCCCCCUUAAUUGACAAAUUAGUGAAAAUAUUCCUGGGAAUUUCUCCAUCAGAACUGGUGUAUUGCACCCGGGUACAUCUUUGUUGUUCUUUCUCUCUCUCUCUUGUGUUUUUUCUUUUCCUCCAAGAUUUCAGUUGCCAGGGAGAGCAAGGCUUUCUCAAACAUCUGCUUUCACUGGCUGUUUGUUUUACUAAGUAGAUGCUGAUCAUUUGCCUUGAGAACUUGGUGUAACCAACAUUUUUUUUUAACUGCCAAGGUUUCCAAAUAAAGAUGCGUUAACUGAUCAACUGCAGGUAACAUCUGAGUUUUAACCACCCAUAUAGGCUACAACUGUAUGUGCUGGGAUUAAAAAACCCGCAAAACCAAAACUUCCUGUAAUAAAAUGUUUGAAUCUUCAGAAAAGGGGAAAUUACUAGUUUCAGACCCUUUGCAUGUAUGAUGUUUACAAACACCAACAGCCUCUCUCAUAUCUCCUGGGGUGUUUGUUCUCUUGUCCUGAUUGACUUUGAGUUUUGCCUUUCUCCUUCUGGUGGUGCAGGAGCAAUAACGAGAGAAACUUCUUCAGGAGGAUGAACACAAAUGGUCACAUUUUCAUGGAGUUUGUUAGUGUUUAAUUUUGUUAGCAAAGAUUUCCCACUGUUUUAGUUAGGGUUUUGGUUUUUUGGAAGAAAAUUAUUUCUUGAUUAUUUUGGCCAAUAAAAGCUGUUCUUUGAUUUUGGUCAUUUGAUAA